UCCUGCAGGCGGGAGACGCCGCCGUAGUAGACAUGGCCAAUCACUUUCGAUUCGACCCACUAGAAAGCAGUGACUCGGAUAUUGCCCCCGGCGACUGCGAGGACGAAUAUCAAGACGCUCGCAUCGACCGCCUUCAAUGCAGCUCUCGUCCGAUGGACGUGAGGCGAGCGGUUCAUCAUUACCAGCAGCAGCAGCCGGCCGCAGCCCCUGUAGCAGCAGACCCGCCGCAGAUGCGCAGUCCCAUGGCCGACCUCCACGGGGGCCGGCAACGGGCCCUCGAGCUCAGCCUGCACCUGCUCAAGACCUACUCCUACAACGCCGGCCUGCAGCAGACGCACGAAGCCGUAAAGGCAGCCGACCUGGAGACCCUGAAGCCUGCGGUGGAGCCGCCCACGCAGGGCCACGCCACACUGCAGGUUCUGGAGGCCGCCACUCGACCCUUGGGAUCGGCCGUCGCUCCAGUGCAGGCGAACCCGCACUCCAUGGGUCUGCCGGGACACCUGCAUCAGCAGCCGCAGCACCACCAGCAGCCACAGCAGCACUCAAGCUCGUCGGGGCCCCUGGCUGGCCAGCAGCCACCUCCGCAGCCGCAGCAGCAGCACCCGCCGCACGGUGGAUCGCAGCACGGAGGCGGGAGUGACAAGCCCGCCAAGCAGAAGCGCCACCGGACACGGUUCACGCCGGCGCAACUGCAGGAGCUGGAGCGCUCCUUCUCCAAGACGCAUUACCCGGACAUAUUCAUGCGGGAGGAACUAGCCAUGAGGAUCGGACUGACCGAGUCGCGCGUCCAGGUGUGGUUUCAGAACCGCCGCGCCAAGUGGAAGAAGCGCAAGAAGACGAGCAACGUGUUCCGCAGCCCCGGGGCGCUGCUCCCUUCGCACAGCCUGCCGCCCUUCGGUUCGGUGGGCGAUGCCGCGGCGGGGCUCACCUUCGGCUCGGCCUCGGACCCCGGCGGACCGCCGCGCUGGGCGCCGCACGCCAGCAUGUCCCAGAUGGGACACUUGGGGCCCGCACUGGCCAGGCAGCCGCCGCUUGGUCCGCCCACGUCCGUGCCAACCAUCGCGCAGGCUGCGAAUUCCUGCAGUCCACCAGAUUUCGGAAACUGCUACAACUCCUUACAAUCUUGGAGCAUGCUCGACUCCAACAUGCUAUGGAAUUAGGUCAUGCCAAGCUACAUUUCUAAGUUCCUGCAGACAAGCAAACUACAACGGCAAGGACAGUCGCACCUCACGUGAAGCUUGUCGUCGGGGUGCCACUCUUCUUCUUUUUUCGUCCACGGUGAGCCAGGGAUGGAGACGCGGAGGUACAGGGAAGCAACUUCCGAGCCUGUCGCCGUCGUGAGUGUGUGUGUGCGUGCGUGCUUGAAUUUUCGUGCGUGUGACGUGACCGUGUUACUAUCGCGUACGAAAAAGAAAGAAAGAAACAGAGAGAAACCGUGGAAAGAAGUGAACAAGGCGAGAAGUGACUUCUUACCCGUCGGUCGGCGGACGAACAAGUUGUGCGUGCAUCCUCUGGCGAACGCAGCCGAUUUUCCCAGACCGGAAAAGAAAUCAUCGAUUGUGACAGGAUUGUCCUGGUACAGCUAUCGCAAGCGCCGAUGGAAGCCCACGACACCAAUCUGACAGCGCUGUGUAAAUAUACUGCACCACACACUGUUAUUCUCUCUUUUUUUCGUCUUCUUUUCGUCCCACGAUCGUCGUUUCUUUACUCUUUGCUCCCCCCUGUCCCCCUCCACCCUUAUGCUGCUCUCGGGCGCCACGGCCCUAUUGUCAUGGCAACCUAAGAGGCUGUAGCCAGUCAGCCCCGUAUCCUUUUCUUCUCUCUUUAUUUCUAGCGCUGCAUCGUUCGUGUCAGUCUUGCGUAUUUGUUUCAUUGCGGCGUUGGUUUGUUUUCGUAGCGGUGCCACUGCGCAGUGUCGCCCCGCAAUUCACAGCGACAAACGGGGGAAGCGAGAGAAAAAGAAAAAGAUAAAAAAAAACAGAACUCUGGGCGUGAAAAGGAGAAUAGAGGACAGGCUGUUAGCUUCAGGCGCAUGCGCACCAAACAUCUGAAGUGACUAUGUUGUCGUGAAGCGCCUUUUCUUCUCCGUGCGCUUCCUGCAAUCUCACAGCGCCGUCUCCUUUCUGCGUUCCUUUCUUUCGGUCUAUGCCGGCCUCAGGCACUAGGAGAACCGGGCGCCCCUUGAGCAGUUUGUUUUCUUUAUCUCUCUCGCUCUCUCUCCUUUUUUUUUCUUUCAACCUCGCUGAGUUCGUUGCAUGUGCUUGGUUCGUUACUGUUGAAAUCAUCCUCAACUCCGUUUCGUGGUCACGCAGUAUUAUUGUUUACAUGUCAGCUCGCCUUUUUAUUUCCUUUUGCUCACAUGCAGGCUUGUAAAAUCGAUAUAAAGUAAGUUACUUCGGUCUACUUCGAAUAAGUAAUUCCAUUGGUGACCUCGGCCUGCACCAGGAGUGUGGUGCUAGCUUGUUCACAACCCACUAGACUGGCUUUGGUCACUAGUGCCACGAAUGUGCUCGCCCAAGCAAAUAACCUAAAAAAAGUGUAUUAGAAAGUUCUUGGCAGCACGACAAUUAACCCAAACUUUAAACACAGAACAGGGUUCCAGUUCUGUGUUUGGGGUUUGCAUACACAAGGCGUGUGCAUUACCCCUGAAAGAAAAUGAAAAAGAGAAAACUAAACUUGUAUUAACAUGAAAAAAAAAAAAACAGCUGAGCAGAAAGUCUAUAUUAAUGUUAACCGAAAACAGUAAAUCUCGGGAAACAUUGAUUUCUGGUAGAACAAUUUCUAAUAAGCUGAAAAUCCAGCAACGCCUACGAAGUGCUUCCCUCAUGGACUUUAUUAGAUCCGCAAAUAUUUUUUCAUUCAUUUAAUUAUCCUUAUUCGCCCGCAUCUCAUACCCUUGUAUGCCCUGAGGCAUUAACCCUCGCAUUAAAAAAAAAGUGGAAACACUUAUUUUAGGCGUUAUUAGCCAUUACUUGAUCAUGUGGUACACAGUCCAGGGUAGAAGGGCAGCGGAUUGGGCGAGUUGGUGUUGCAUGGUAACAAUAAAAUUCAAACAGCGCUAAACGACAGGACCAGAAUGAGGAGGAGACAAACACGGCGCUGAACUUACAACUGAUUUAUUUGAAGUAAGAAGUCAACAUUUAUACGUACCAAACUGGGCACGCAUGCGCCCGGUCAUACAUCGAUGAUCAGAUACAAACUCCGGACAGCCAACAUUCGCACGCGUUGUACCUGCCUUGCAAUCUACCCUUUUUACAACUGAUUUAUUUGAAGUAAGAAGUCAGCAUUUAUACGUACAAAACUGGGCACGCACGCAAGGCAGGUACAACGCGUGCGAAUGUUGGCGGUCCGGAGUUUGUAUCUGAUCAUCGAUGUAUGACCGGGUGCAUGCGUGCCCAGUUUUGUACGUAUAAAUGUUGACUUCUUACUUCAAAUAAAUCAGUUGUAAGUUCAGUGCCGUGUUUGUCUCCUCCUCAUUCUGGUACUGUCGUUUAGCGCUGUUUGAAUUUUAUUGUUACCGUCCAGGGUAAUUAAAUAGGGCUUUUCAACGGGAAACAGCGUGGAUAAAAAAAAAAAGUUUUCUUCAAAGUCUAAGAAGCCUCUGCAUGCUCAGAGUGGCUUGAUUUUAUUUUUCUAAUUCUCAACCUAAAUGCAACAGUGUCCACACGCUUGAGUUGUCUUUUUGCGAUCGCCGGGCUUCGUGAAUCGUAAACGAAAAAUCGCUUAAAUUUGCAUACAUGACUUAGCUGCCAAUGAAAGCUGGGGUACAUGUCCCGUAGAGCUUCUUAUUUCCUGCCGUUUAGUGAGAUUAAAGAGAAAGGCGAAGGAGGGUGGAUGUGCGGCAGCGCAAAUUACUAAAUGUGAAAUAGAGGCCGCCUCAUACGAGUACCGAUGACACAAUGAGACUAUAUAUGACCAGGUGUCAUAUAAGCAUGCCGUAGUACCUCAAAAGCUUUCAGCGUGCCAUCUGUUAUCUGUUCACGGUGAUCUCUGGUUUCUGAUUCUUUGAACUGUUCUCUUUAUUAUUAUUAUUAUUGUUGUAGACCUGUUUUCUCUCUCACUUCUUCAUGCGCCGUUACGAACCGACAAAAUCUUUGUGAGUGAAAUUUCGUUCACGCCGAUGUCGUGCUGUGUGAAGCGCAGUUUCUUUCACUACUCGCGAGGACAAUGAUCAGUGAACGGACAAACAGGGUUUCUUUGCAUGCAUUUAAUACUCCGUACUCUUUGAGUCGUUGUUGAAAACACGGAGGUCAUGUUGUUGAUGUCUCUCCUAAUCUUUCCUCUUUGUUUGGAUGUAAUGUUAUGCUGACAAUUUCUUUUAUAUAUAUUAUAGUGUUCCACUGAUGGUAUUCAGCAAUAAGUGCAUUGGGCAAGCUCUGCUGUGCUUGUCUUAAAUAUUUGUCGAUGUUUCUCUCUUUUUGUCUGCGUUUUUCCGCGCAAAAUACAAUAUUUCUGUGA